AUGGUGCCCCCACAGGAAGCAGAAGCCCCCAGGGGACCUCCCAGGGGUGGUAGCGCCUCCAAGGAAAUUGUUACGGGUGGUGGCACACCACGUGGCCCUCCCAAGAGCGGCAUCGACCCCAGGAUCCCUCCCAGUGGCAGAGGCGCCCCCAGGGGGCCUCCCGGGGGCGGCGGGAGCUCUACCAGGGGUGUUAGCACACCCAAGGGUACUCCCAGGGUUGGUGAUGCUCACAUAGUUCCUCCCACGGGCAUUUUAAUCCCCAGGGGCCCUCUAAGAGGUGGCGUUGCCCCUCCCAAGGGCAUUGGCCACUUUAAGAGCAAUACCAGGGACGCUAGCGCCCCCAGGUGCCAUUCUAGGGGCGGCGACGCCCUCAGGGACCCUCCCAGGCCUGGCGAAAAUCCUAUGGGCCCUCCAGGGGUCCCUCCCAAUGACGACGGCGCCCCCAGGAGGCCUCCCAAGGGCAGUGGGGACCCUCCCAGGCGCGAUGGGGGACCUCUCAUGGGCGGUGGUGCACUUAAGGGUCCUCCCAAGGUUGGAGGCGCUCACAGGGGCCCUCCCAGGGACAGCGAUUCCUUCCCGGGCCCUCUCAGCGGUGCGGGAGAACUGCUUGUUGCAGUGGCGCCAAGAGGGGACCUCCCAGGGGUGGCGACGCUGCCCAUGAGGACUCAUAGGGGCGGCAGUGAUCCUCACCAGGGGCGGCAGAGCCUCCACCUCCCUCCCAGGGGCACUGAACACCCCAGAGGCCUUCGCAUUAGUGGUAAGUCCCUCACAAGGGCGAUGGUGCCCCCACAGGAAGCAGAAGCCCCCAGGGGACCUCCCAGGGGUGGUAGCGCCUCCAAGGAAAUUGUUACGGGUGGUGGCACACCACGUGGCCCUCCCAAGAGCGGCAUCGACCCCAGGAUCCCUCCCAGUGGCAGAGGCGCCCCCAGGGGGCCUCCCGGGGGCGGCGGGAGCUCUACCAGGGGUGUUAGCACACCCAAGGGUACUCCCAGGGUUGGUGAUGCUCACAUAGUUCCUCCCACGGGCAUUUUAAUCCCCAGGGGCCCUCUAAGAGGUGGCGUUGCCCCUCCCAAGGGCAUUGGCCACUUUAAGAGCAAUACCAGGGACGCUAGCGCCCCCAGGUGCCAUUCUAGGGGCGGCGACGCCCUCAGGGACCCUCCCAGGCCUGGCGAAAAUCCUAUGGGCCCUCCAGGGGACCUGCUGGGUGCGGCGGCGCCUCCAAGGGAAUUCCCAGGGGCGGUUGCACUCCAGUGGUCCUCCCAAAGGCGACGUCGCCCCCAGGGUCCCUCCCAAUGA